UUCUUUUGAAUUGAAUUUCAUUUUUAUUUCUUUCUCUUUCUGCUUUUCCUUUCACCAUCAUGUUUCUCUCUUUUCUCUGAUCAAUUAUCUUUCAAUUUUCUAGAUUUAAUUUCAUUCAAUUAGCAAUUACAAUCAAUUGUCACACGUUGGUUAUUAAAUUUUAAGCUAAUUAACUUAAAUUCGGUUAUUCUUUUUCACUUGUGUCUCCUCUCACUUUCAACCUAAUGGAUCAUAAAAUAGUCUUUGAAUCUCUGUGCGGUGAUUCACUUUUCUGGGAUUACAAUCUAGUUUGGAAUUCAACUGCACCCAAAUUAACUCGAUGUUUCCAUCAAACGAUACUUAAUUGGAUACCAACAUCUUUCCUUUGGUUAUUUUCAAUCUACGAAUUGACGAUAACUGCAAGAAUCAAAAGAAAAACAAUCCCAUGGAAUUUUCAAAAUCGUUCUAGAUUAAUCUGCACUUUUCUAUGUAUUUUACUCAAUAUUUUUCAAUUAUUGAACAUCAUUUAUCGUAAUUUUAACUCCGAUCCACCAGCUCCAUCUGAUUUUUAUGCUCCAUUGCUCAACAUUGCCUCUUUCACACUGGUAACUCUUUUCCUCUAUUACCACCGCCUUCGUGGUAUUCAUACAAGCGCUGUGAUAUGGAUUUAUAUAUUUCUCCAGACAAUCGGUACUUUUCCAAUCGCUUAUCAGACUUGGAUUGACUCUGCUGAAUACACAUCAUCUGAAGUUGUUUUAUUCAAUAUUUAUUUUGUUACAAUUUCUCUUUUACUGAUAAUCAUUUCAUUCUCUGAUGGUCCAAUCAACUUUACGACGGAUACUGAGCUUACAACUAAGCUCGAUCAGAAUGAAAGUAAAAAACUAAGUCCAGAAAACAAUGCCUCGUUUCUUAACAAACUUGUAUUUUGGUGGUUUAAUGAGAUGGCUUUUCUUGGUUGGCGACAAGAUUUAACUAGCAAAGACUUAUGGCAACUUCGAGAUGAUCUUAAAACGGAAAAUCUGAUUGGACCAUUUGAGACUCGACUUGAAGAGGCUUUGCUGGUUGCGAAAAAGAAAUCACAAAACUCAAAUUCUACCUCUAAUGGAUCGACCAAAGAUACUUCAAUUAACCAGGAAACAAUUAAGAAACAUAAAAUCAAUUUUAUCCCAAUUUUAGCGAAAAUAUUUGGCUCAUAUUUUGCUGUAGGAUCUUUUUUCAAGCUUAUCCAUGAUAUUGCUCAAUUUGUUACACCUCAAUUGCUUAAAUCUUUGAUAAGUUUCAUUGAACAUAAAACGGACCAACCACUUUGGCAUGGAUUCUUAAUUACAUUUGCUAUGUUCGCGAUCUCAACCAUUCAAAGUAUCUUUUUGAAUCAUUAUUUUUAUCGGAUGUUCAUGACCGGGAUGCAAGUUAGUUCAACGCUUACAGCGGCCAUUUACAAGAAAUCACUCAACCUUAAUGAUAAAGCUCGAAAAGAGGUCACCUCUGGUGAAAUCGUUAAUUUAAUGGCUGUCGAUGCAAAACGAUUCUUGGAUCUCAUUCCUUUUAUUAAUUUAAUCUGGUCAGCGCCAUUUCAAAUAACCGUCUCAAUUUAUUUCCUUUAUCUUGAACUUGGCUAUUCUGCUUUAUUUGGAUUAGUUGUGAUGAUUUUAAUGAUCCCUUUGAAUGGAUUAAUUGCUGGGUUAAGUCGUAAAAUGCAGAUACAGUUGAUGAAACAAAAAGAUGAACGAGUUAAAUUUAUGAAUGAAAUUUUAAGUGGAAUCAAAAUUAUCAAAUUUUACGCUUGGGAGAAAUCAUUUCUUAAACAUGUCACAGGUUUGAGGAACAAAGAAUUACAGCAUUUGAAAAACAUAUCAUAUCUUGGGUGUGCAACAUCAUUCCUGUGGAUUUGUGCACCGACAAUGGUCUCUGUGAUUACUUUCGCUGCUUAUGUACUCAUUCAAGGAGAAACAUUAACGGCACAAAAAGCUUUCGUUUCUUUGUCUUUGUUCAACAUUUUGCGAUUUCCUCUGACUAUGUUGCCACAGCUUAUCACGUUUUAUAUUAUGGCUUCAGUAUCAGUGAAACGGAUCAAUGACUUUUUGAGUUACGAUGACCUUGAUCAAUAUGUAACUCGAAAUGAUGAAAUUGAUGCAAUUAGUGUGGAAGAUGCUUCCUUCAAAUGGGGAAAGCAAAAGGAUAAAGAAAAAAAGGAAAAAGGCAAAAAGAGAUUUUUCUCAAAGAAUCGAAAAGUUGAAGCCGAUCCAAAUGAGAACGGUGAUGUUUCUGUUUCCUUGAUAAAUGAAGUUCCAACAUUGCAAAAGAUCAACAUGAAAGUGAAACCUGGUUCGUUUGUAGCGAUUGUUGGUUCGGUUGGUAGUGGUAAAAGUUCAUUGUUAAGUGCGAUUCUCGGUGAGAUGGAGAAAAUAUCAGGACGAAUUAAUAUCAAUGGCAAAUAUUCAAUCGCUUAUGUCGCUCAACAAGCAUGGAUUCAAAAUACUUCAUUGAAAAACAACAUCUUAUUUGGUUCUCCUUUUGAUGAGAGUAAAUAUAAUCAGGUAAUUUCUGCCUGUGCAUUAGAACCUGAUAUCGCUUAUCUACCUGGAGGAGAUGAAACGGAAAUCGGUGAAAAAGGAAUUAACCUUUCGGGUGGACAGAAACAACGAGUUAGUCUUGCUCGAGCUUGUUACAGUGAUUCUAAUCUGUUCAUUUUAGACGAUCCAUUAAGUGCUGUCGAUGCUCAUGUAGCUCAACAUAUUUUCAAAAAAGUUCUAAGUUCAAAGACUGGAAUCUUAAAGAAUAAAACUCGAGUUUUAGUGACCAACAAGUUGGAUCUUUUAUCCAAAGUCGAUAGUAUUUAUGUUCUAACUAAUGGUGUGAUUACCGAGAAUGGAACACACAAACAAUUGAUGGAAGCUAAAGGAGAAUUUUCUGAUCUCGUUGAACAAUUUACCAACCGAUCAAUAGAAAACGAUAAUGAGCAGCAUGAAGAAUUAUCAGCAACCGAAUCUAUUGAAAAGAAAGAUACAAGUAAAGAUAUUAAAUCUGCCGAGAAGACUGAUGAUCAAAAGAAAAAAUUGAUUGAAGCAGAAACUUCAGAAACUGGUAAAGUCAAGUGGUCAGUUUACUUGGAGUACUUCAAAAUGGUCUCAUUCUUUUGGAUUGUUAUCAUAAUUAUUGCGCUAACCGCUUCAAAUGCUUUCUCAUUGGGGUCCAAUGUUUGGCUAUCUGAUUGGUCAAGUGAUGUUAAUAUUGCAAACAAUUCACUAUCACACACCAAGAUGAGACUUGGUGUUUAUGGAGGACUUGGAUUAGGACAAGCAAUUGUUACAUUCAUUGGCGCUUGGUUUCUUGUUAUCGGUACACUGAGAGCAUCAUCAGGAUUUCAUAGAGAUUUAUUAUAUCAAAUAUUUCGAUCGCCAAUGUCCUUUUUCGACACAACACCUACUGGUCGAAUAGUAAAUAGAUUUGCAAAAGAUAUCGAUACGGUCGAUGCCGUAAUUCCGCAAAAUUUAAGAUCGUGGCUACUCUGUUUCUUUCAGGUUUUAUCGACGUUCUUCAUAAUCUCUUUCAAUACUCCUCUUUUCAUCGUGGCUUUGAUUCCAAUCGCUUUUAUCUAUUUGUUUAUUCAACGAAUCUAUGUGGCCUCUUCUCGUCAACUUAAACGACUUGAGUCGGUAACCCGAUCGCCAAUUUAUUCGCAUUUCGGAGAAACACUUAAUGGAGUUAGUACUAUUCGAGCAUUUGAUGUUAGUGAAAGAUUUAUGCAGGAAUCAGCGGAUAAAGUUGAUCAUAAUCUUUCUUGUUAUUACCCCAAUAUGAUUGCUAAUCGUUGGCUUGGUAUAAGACUAGAGUUUUGUGGCAACAUGAUUAUAAUUUUUGCAGCCGUUUUUGCUGUUCUAUCUCGAAAUUCUCUAGAUCCUGGUGCCGUCGGACUCUCAGUUUCUUAUGCUUUAAGUAUCACAGCGACACUAAACUGGCUCGUUCGGAUGUCGUCCGAACUUGAAACAAACAUUGUUGCUGUUGAACGUAUUAUGGAAUAUUGUAAAUUAAAAAGCGAAGCUGAUUGGUAUGAAGGUAAAGUUAUGCCACCUGAAGAUUGGCCAUCAAAAGGAUCAAUUAAAUUCGAUAAAUAUGAAACUCGAUAUCGAGAAGGAACCGAAUUGAUUUUGAAAGGAAUUUCAGGAGAAAUCAAAGGAUUGGAAAAGAUUGGAAUUGUUGGUCGAACUGGAGCUGGUAAAUCGACAGUUACUCUGUCAUUGUUUAGAUUAAUUGAAGGAUCAGGAGGAUCGAUUUCUAUUGAUGGUCUUAAUAUCAGCGAAUUACCUUUGCAUCCAUUGAGAUCUCGUCUUGCAAUUAUCCCUCAAGAUCCAGUCCUUUUUGGUGGAACCUUGAGAUUCAACUUGGAUCCAUUUGAUUGUUAUUCGGACAAUGAUAUUUGGGAUGCAUUGUCUCAUGCUCAUCUCAAACAAUUCGUUAAUAAUACUGGUCAAGGUCUUAAUUACCAAAUAGCUGAGGAAGGAAAAAAUCUUAGUGUUGGACAGAGACAAUUGUUGUGUUUAGCAAGAGCUUUACUGAAGAAACCAAAGAUUCUAUUCCUGGAUGAAGCAACUGCAGCGAUUGAUUUGGAAACGGAUUCAUUGAUUCAGAAAACAAUCAGAACAGAAUUUAAAGAUUGUACAAUAUUAACGAUCGCUCAUCGUUUGAAUACAAUAUUAGAUUCCGAUCGGGUGAUGGUCUUGGAUCGAGGUCAAAUCGCGGAAUUUGAUGAGCCAAAAGUUUUAUUAGAAAACAAACAAUCAAUAUUCUAUUCAUUAGCUAAAGAGGCUAAUCUUGUCUCUUGAUUAUUGAUGCAAUCAACUUAAUUUCUUUUAAAUCAUAGUUAUUCGUAUUUCUCACCAUUCCAGCAAUAGAAAACUUUCAAACUACUUAAGUUCAUAAUCAACGCUACGUGUCAUCCUAUGUAGCAUCAUGUGCAAUCAAAAAAUCCUAAGGACCAGACCAAAUGGUCAAUAGGAUCUAGUACAAUCCUUUACUAUUUCAAUAAGAUUAUUAACUUGAAAGCGUUUCGUUUCACUAAUUGCAUUAAUUUCUCAUCAACUCUUCUUGUUAUAAGCUUAACAAAUAUGAAUGUUGUAUCUGUUAAUUAACUUUUGUUGUCCUCAUUUAAUUGUAAUUUAAUGUCAAAUAAAAUUCUCAUUGAUCUUAA